AUGCCGCGAAUCAGCACGGUCUCCAAGAUCUCCGGAACGAAGGGGUACGGCGCGGAGGUGAUAUUCAGCGGAUCGACGAGCACGGAACGCGAGGCCGUAGUGGCCGAGGUGCAAGCCAAGACCAACGCCUUCUUGAUCCCGCCGUAUGAUCAUUUCGACAUCAUUUGCGGGCAGGGGACCACGGGACUGGAGAUGCAGGGACAGUAUGCGGCGCUGGUGGCGGAGAAGCCGGGUCUGAGUGUCCAUGGACCCCGCAGUGAAGGGCAACUGGAUGCGGUGAUCACCCCCGUCGGCGGGGGCGGGUUGAAUGCGGGCGUGGCGACGUUUUUCUCCGACAAGUCGACGAAGGUGUUUGGUGCGGAGCCGAGCUUUGAAGGCGGGGAUGAUUGUCGACGCGGGCUGUUGGCCGGGGAGAGGGUGCAGGCUGUCAAGACGCUGACGAUAGCGGAUGGGCUGCGCACGCCGGUGGGGGUAUUGAACUGGGAGGUGAUUUCGGACAGCAACAAAGUGGCCGGGGUGUACGCCGUGACGGAGGCGCAGAUCAAGGCGGCCAUGAGGCUGGUGUUAGAGCGGAUGAAGGUGGUGGUAGAGCCGAGUGCGGUGGUGGGUUUGGCGGUUUGUUUGUUCAACGAGGACUUUCGACGCAUGGUUGAGAAGGAGGCGCCGGAGGGGUGGGAUGUAGGCGUUGUGUUUAGUGGUGGGAAUACCACUGUCGAGGCGAUUGGCAAGCUAUUCACUUGA